CCAUCACCACCAUCAUCAUCAUCACCACCAUCAUCACCAUCAUCAUCAUCAUCACCACCAUCAUCACCAUCAUCAUCAUCACCAUCAUCAUCAUCACCAUCA